CCGCUUCUGAACCAACACCUGCUCCAGCACCCGCAUCCGCACCUGCGCCAGCUACCGAAACCACUCCAGCUACAGACAUGUCUUCCCCUAGAGUCGCCAUUAUUAUCUACUCUAUGUACGGUCACGUCGCCAAGCUGGCCGAGGCCGAGAAGGCUGGCAUUGAACAGGCUGGCGGCUCCGCAACCAUCUUCCAGAUUGCCGAGACGCUCCCUGACGAGGUCCUCGCGAAGAUGCACGCCCCUGCCAAGCCAAACUACCCCGUCCUGAACGCCGACCAGCUGACCCAGUACGACGCGUUCAUCUUUGGUAUCCCCACUCGUUAUGGUAACUUCCCCGCUCAGUGGAAGGUCUUCUGGGACCAGACCGGCGGCCUCUGGGGGGCAGGUGCUCUCGCCGGCAAGUAUGCCGCUGCCUUUGUUUCCACGGGUACGCCAGGUGGAGGCCAGGAGUCCACCAUCCUCAACAGUAUCUCCACGCUCACGCACCACGGCAUUAUAUUUGUGCCCCUCGGCUACAGCACCACCUUCUCCCAGCUCUCGAACCUCUCUGAGCCCCAUGGCGGCUCCCCGUGGGGCGCAGGCUCUUUCGCCGGCGCCGACGGCUCGCGCUCUCCAUCUGCGCUUGAGCUCGAGAUUGCGACCCUUCAGGGCAAGCAGUUCUGGAACAUCGUCAAGAAGGUCACCUUCUAGACAUAUACGAACAUUGAUUGUUGUAUCUGGGACCCUUGGGGAUCAGAGAUACUGUACACAAACAGCCUGUACUAUAAUGUGUCGUUAAGAUAGGCCAUACAUCAGAUAUCCUCCAGUCCC